AUGACUCCAGAACAACAACCUUCGAGGUGAGAAUAUCGAUCGGUUCGAACGAAAAUAGGGAAAAGUGGGAAUGUUCUCUGGUUAAAAAAAUAAAGGAUUAUAAACUUUUAAAACUUUAAAAUGUAAAGUUCCUUCUGGGGUUCCUUCCGUUUUUAGGAUGAACUAUACUUAUGUCAAUUGUUACGUCAUACCACUUGAACCUAUUGAACCUAUAGGUAAUUUUCGGCAAUUUGCUGCAGCAAAAAACGAGAAAAAUUACAAAAAAUGGAGAAAAAAGUGUUUAAAAGUGCCAAUCUCUCAACUUCUUCACGUUCAUAACGAAGUCGUUUCCCUUCUUCAGACACGUCUAAUCUCAGUCAUUUCUUCUUCGAUUCUCUCCCGCUUGGCUCUUCCCUUCUUCAGACGAUCCUCUUUACGACUCAUUGCGCACAUUAGAGGUUUUUGCAGUUUUGCACCGCGCCCCACCCUUGCCGAAAAUUACCUGAGUAGUCGUUCAAUGUGAAACUAAAGAGAAAUAAGUGAACUAAGACUAUAGAAAUCAAUAAAAACUAACAUUUUUAGUUCUACCAAACUUGUAACAUUGUCCACAAAAUGAUUGGUUCGAAAAGUGCAAAAUAAAAUGGAAACGGAAUGGUCACUCUUUCAGUAGCAAUGCCCAAUAUAACACAUUCUCGGAUGAAGACAAUCUGCCGCCGGAGUACGGUCCCUUCGACGAGGUGGAGCCGUUGAUCGAGCCGGAGCAGCCGAUGAAGAUCCGGACUCUCGUGGCCGCCGUCGGGCUCACCGUGCUCGUUUUCGUGCUGCUCAUCUCGACUGUCGCUUUCGCCUCCCUCUACUUUCAUUUGCUAAUGCAGGCGAGUUCCAUCCCAACUCAUUCUCACUUCCUCUUUCUUUUUUCCAGAACGGAAGUCGUCUUCCUCGCUGGCCCGGACCGUCCAUUUCCCCGCUCGGAAAGUACUCGAAAGCAGCGGUGGCAGCCGACAACGAGAUAUGUUCGGAGAUCGGGAGGAACAUUCUGUUGCGAGGAGGCAAUGCGGUCGAUGCGGCCAUCGCUUCGCUGUUUUGCAUCGGUGUCAUGGACACCCAUUCAGCAGGAAUCGGAGGAGGACACUUCAUGACAAUCUACAAUGCGUAAGGGGCGUUAACUGAAAAGAAAGAAGACGUAAAGAUUCAGAACAACGAAGGAGUGCACUGUGAUUGACGCGAGGGAAGUGGCUCCGUUGGCGGCGACCGAAGAAAUGUACCGGAACAAGUGGAACGAGAGCAGAGUCGGAUGGAAAGCAAUGGCCGUGCCGGGUGAACUGCACGGACUCCGAACUGAAUACGAGCGAUUCGGAAGCGGAGGCGUCGCAUGGGCCCAGCUCCUGCAGCCGACAAUCGACCUGUUGGCAGAAGGUAAAAAGGGCAUCAUCCGAAAGAAUCGGCCUAUUUUCUUGCAGGGUACCCGACGUCGCAUGCUCUCGCGAAGGCUCUCAAUCAGAACGAAGAGCAGAUCCGUCGGGAGCCAACACUGAAAAGAUUCAUAAAUCCGGAGACGAACAAAAUUUUCCAGCCGGGAGAGCAGAUAAAAACGAGACAGAAUCUGCUGGAAACGUUCCGAAUUCUCGCCAAUUCGUCUGAUCCCAUUCACGAGUUCUAUGAAGGAGAAAUCGCAAAGAAGGUGGUGGAGGAGUUCACGGCGAACGGAGGAAUCAUCACUGCCGAGGACCUCAAGAGCUAUCGGUCGAUUGUGCACGGCUCUUCGGAAGUGAUCUACACGAAACUGAAGGCGGGAAGGGCCGUCUGCGGACCUCCUCCUCCGUCCGGAUCGGCAGUUGCGCAAGCGAUUCUGAAUGCGAUGGACGGCUUUGAAUACAAUAUGAAAUCGUUCGGCGACAUCGCCACGCUCUACCAUCAUUUCCUCGAAGCGAGCAAGUUCAGUUACGCGGCGAGGAGCUGGCUGGGCGAUCCGAAGUUUGUUUCGAAUGCGACCGAGAUCGCGAAGAACAUAACUUCGAAAGAGUGGGCGGAGUGGGUGCGGUCGAAGAUCACGGACAGAACGCACCCGGACGACUACUACGGGGGAUCGUUCGAGGCGCCGCCGCAGGACCACGGAACCACCCACGUGUCGAUCAUCGACGCGCAGGGAAAUGCCGUUUCGGUCACUUCCACCAUCAAUCUCUAGUGAGUUAAAGUGGCCGCGAGGGAUAACUGUACUUGCUCUUGUACUCGAUUUUUUCAGUUUGGGAGCUCUCGUGUCUUCUGAAUCCACCGGCAUUCUCUGGAAUAACGAAAUGGACGACUUCUCGACGCCCGGACACCCCAACUUUUUCGGAUUUCCGCCCUCGCCCGCCAACUUCAUCCGUCCCGGAAAGCGUCCGAUGAGCAGCCAGAGCCCGCUUGUCAUCUUCAAUACGAACGGAACGGAACUGAUGGCGGUGGGCGGCGCCGGCGGAUCCACCAUUAUUUCUGGGGUCGCCGGCGUCGCUCUCCAUGCUCUCUGGCUCAAAGCGGACGUGAAACAGGCGGUGGAUGCUCCAAGAAUGCACAAUCAGCUGCAGCCGAACUUUACCUGGUACGAGCCGAACUUCCCGAAAGCAUACGUCAAGUCGUUGAUUGGAAGAGGGCAUUUGAUGAAGGCAGUCAGCAAUCUGACCGUGGUGACUGCCGCCGAACGGGCAGCAGAUGGACAAAUCUACGCGAACAGUGAUUUCCGAAAGGGUGAGGAGAGCGCUCCGGCUGGAUAUUAA